UAAUCUGGUUGCCAUGAAUUCGGGUUAGCUAGCCACCGACAGCUGUCAGCUCACACGUGUAAAAACAUCCAUGUCAAGACACAAGAAGGAUCUUCCGAGUGUUGCGCUGCCUCUGUUGACGCAUAGAGCAACACCAGCCCGCCGGCCCACCUACCGUCCAUCGAUCCACCUGGCUCAGUGACUCCACCUGCAGACCUAGGCACCAUUGUGUGCCAGCUCAUUUCGAGACCCGGGGAUUUCUGAAUCCAGAAGAUGAACGGUUUGUCCAUACGAGAGCUAUGCUGCCUGUUCUGCUGCCCCCCCUGCCCCAGUCGCAUUGCAGCCAAACUGGCUUUCCUCCCUCCAGAGCCCACCUAUGCCCUUCUCCCUGACCCAGAUCCAGUUUCUGGGACUGGAACUGGGUCCAGCUCAGGGGCUGCUCCGCCAUCUCUUGGAGCCCCAGGACUACGUUCACGGGUGGGCACUGGUAGUGGAGGUGACAGAGGAGGAGGAGGAGGUGGUGAUGGUGGAGGAGCAGCACCAGCAGCAGCAGCAGCAGGAGGAGCAGCAGCAGCAGGAGGUGGUAGCGCCGUCCCCGGUAGUGGGGUCGAAGGCAAGUGGAAGUUGCAUCUCACUGAGAGAGCAGAGUUCCAGUAUACGCAAAGAGAGCUGGAUGUGACAGAUGUAUUCCUGACCAGGUCCAGUCGAGGGAACAGGGUUGGAUGCAUGUACAUUCGCUGUGCCCCCAACGCCAGGUUUACAGUGCUGUUUUCCCACGGUAACGCAGUAGACCUGGGGCAGAUGAGCAGCUUCUAUAUCGGCUUAGGCACGCGCAUCAACUGCAACAUCUUCUCCUAUGAUUACUCAGGCUACGGUGUUAGCACUGGCAAGCCGUCUGAGAAGAACCUCUAUGCUGACAUUGAUGCUGCCUGGCACGCCCUCCGCUCCCGGUAUGGCAUCAGCCCUGAGAAUAUAAUCCUGUACGGACAGAGCAUCGGCACAGUGCCCACGGUGGACCUGGCCUCACGCUUCGAGUGUGCUGCCGUGGUCCUGCACUCUCCUCUCACGUCUGGGAUGAGAGUGGCUUUCCCCGACACUAAGAAAACCUACUGCUUUGAUGCUUUCCCCAACAUUGAGAAAGUGUCCAAGAUCCCGUCUCCAGUGCUCAUCAUCCACGGUACAGAGGACGAGGUCAUCGACUUCUCUCAUGGCCUCGCCCUGUUCGAGCGCUGCCCCAAGGCGGUGGAGCCCCUCUGGGUGGAGGGAGCCGGUCACAACGACAUUGAGCUUUACAGUCAGUACCUGGAGAGGCUACGGCGCUUCAUCAACCAGGACCUCGCUGCACAGCAUGCCUGAGAAAUGAACAUCCGCCUCUCUGCGUUUGUGUGAAUGAGACUUUGUGUGUGUGUGUGUGUGUGUGUGUGCGAGUGUGAGAAAGAGGACGUCAUCGUGUAGACCUAAAAAAGAUGUGUGAUUUUUGCCACAUCUGUGUGUCUUUGAAGCAGCACACCUUAAGGUUAUAUUUCAACAAAACCUAUCUUCUUUUUCCUGUAUUAAAGGUGAGGGCGUUUUUAUUUAAUUUAAUUUUGUUUUUAAUCUAUCAUUAGCUGUAUCUAUCUGAACAGUUGCAGUGUCGAGGACAUGCUAGAACUGAGAUUAAACAGCUUUUUAACAUGGGGGGGGGACAAUGGAUUGCAGCUUUAAAAAGAGGCUACCCGUGAAUAAAGAAGGAAGAACAAUGUGCAUUGUCCAAAAAGGCUCACAGAUGUUCAUGUUUAAGUGUGACAUGUUAGUGAAUGUGUGAAUCGUGGGACGCGUGUGUUGAGUGUUUGUUCAUAUCUCCAUGGACCUGUGACACCUGACAAAUGCGAGUGUGAGAGGGGCCAAGCUGAAAGAAGUGGACAUCCUGAAAACUUGGACAGCUCCAGGUGGAGGAGACUUAUCAAUAUUAAGUGUUCUAUUUCCUUUUUUUUAUUUGCAAACGUAAGAAUGAAGAAUACCUCCAAAGCUCGACUAGUUCUCGCUCCAGUGGACAAACACGGGUCGAGCAGGUGCCCCCGCCCCCUCCUCCUCUGUUAAUGGACAUUCAUGUGACUGCCAGGGCAUUUCCCAAGUUGCUAUCCAGCUCACACUAACCUCCUUUUGUGUGGUUUGAGGGUCCAUCCUUCCCUUUGGUGUCGGUCGUGGGGGAUACACAGGGAUUUGGAAUACUGUCGUAGCUCGUUCGGCUGUUGGGCGUCUCUCAUACUUGUCUCUCCCUUGCUUCUGACUCUUUGAGAAGAUUGCAGAACUGUUCUGUAGCUAGAGUCACUGUCAACAGAAAUGCAGCGGUAACUUAAAGUGAAUUAUUUGGAUUUCCCUGUGUUGCUUUUUCCCCAUUUCCACCUAAUCGUGAAUAUGAAAUGAUGGUGUGGUUGAAAUGGAAACUGAUCGGUGAGGACAUCUACGGCUAUGUGGAUGUUUCUCAGCCGUUAGUGCAACAUUUAUAGAAGUGAAGGCUAACCCAGUAAUUUUCAUGUCACAUUAAAUCAGUUUGCUCUUUCAGUGUUUACUGAUGUAUGAUGUUUGAAGUCUGGGCAGACUCAGCUGACUCACUAACAGCAGGUGUACGUCAGAUUUAAAGGUGAAUGUUGACAUUUAGGGAAGUUCGCUUAUUUGCUGGUUUGUUAAAGGUUGGAUGAGAAGAUUUAUACGACCGUGCACACAACCUGCCAUAAAACCACAGAGGUGCUGGUGUUUGUUACCUGUGGACACUACCAGGCUUUGUUUUCCCCUUGUUGGUCGUCUUAAUGCUAAGCUAACCUGAAUAUUGGCAAGCUGUAAUUUCAUAUUUACUGUUAGAGAUGUUCUGAUACCAGUUUUUCCUCCCUGAUAUAGAUUCUGAUAUCUGGACUUUGCAUAUCGGCCGAUACUAAGUGCAGAUCAGACACCAUCUAAUUUCAAAAGAAAUGACUCGUAUAUCAUAUUUUAACAGCUAUAUUCAUAACUCUGGAGAGUUAUGAGGGAUUGCUAUCAUUGUUGAAAUGCCUAUAGCUGCAGUUGUCGUUGGCAACAUCGGGGCCACCCUUUGCAUACGGUACAUACCGCCAUUUUAUUUGCUUAUGGUGGGAAAUCACUUCUGUUUUGAAGCGGUAAAGAAGAAGUGAUUUCCAGGAAUCAUUGAUCGAAGACAUAGAUUGUGUACUCGCAGAUACCUGACCCGGCAGUAUGGGAGGCAUUUCCGAUUCUGGUACCGGAACAUCUCUUUUUACUUUACUAAGUUGUAUCUAUCUUCUCAUCUAACCCUCUACAGUAAAUGAGCUUAUUUCCUAAAUGUUGAGCUAUUCCUUUCUGUUUGAAGUGUGGUUGUCGGGGACGACGGUGAGAACAGACUUGUUUGGCGCUUGAUGUUCCGGCUGUAUUUGGAGGCCUUUAAGGUAUAACGAGACAAGGUCGCUGCUCACUUCAGAAUAAUAACACUUCAUCCAUAUCACACUGAUUAACUCGCAGUCUUACAGCAGACGUUGUUUUCCCGAGUCUCGUUCCAGUAGCAUUCAUCACCAGAGUUCAACAGCCUCCUGUUCCCAUUCGCCCCCUGAGCACAUUUUCUUCUAGCGUGUUUGUCUUGAUGUAAUUAAUCCCAACGUGUUUGUCGUAGUGUAGGGCCAUGAUCUGUCAUGUCUCAGAACCAUGCUUGUUGAUGUUAUGACUAACAAUGUGAUUCAGAUCGGGUGCCAGGAUGGGACAUCAUGCCUACUACAGCUCUGUUUUAACCUCUGUGGCCCUAAAUGUAGGAGCUCUCUUAUGGAUGGCAGCAGGCUUCAAGUCUGACACAAGCCAUAUUUGAGCCUCUCACUGUUGGUGUGGUGCAGGUUCCACCACACACUCACACAAACCUUUGCACAUUGACACACAAAAAUACACACACACACAUCUACACACACAUUCAAACACUACACGCAUAAACACGUACUGUAAUAUACAGUAUAUUUACACAUUUAUAUAUAUCAGAUCAAGCAUGGCAAAAGCAGGUCUUAAGUUCAGCACUAUUGUAAAAAGCAUCUAAAGUGUAAUAAGGGUAUAAAAUGUAAGUUUGUGUGUCUUCAUUAUUAUUGACUGUCUUCUACAGGCCGGCGUUAAGGAUACUAGCAUCCCGUUUGAAUAAGUCCAAACAGGCCUCGUGUUUUGGCCUGAAAAAGAACAAGAAUUGGUUUUAUAGUCGCAGGGCAGCACCGUGUUCUAGAUCUACACGAGGUCGCUGUACAGGAGACCCAUCAUUUUCAGUGACAGUAGCUGUGUCUUGUCAAAGGGAACAUGUACUGAACUCGCACUAAUCUGAUUACUCCAUUUUGGGAGUACAAGUGGGUCUUAGUGAGUGGUGGGUAAGGUUACCGAAACGCCACUCGCCUGCUGUCAUCAUUUCGAACAGGGAACCUCACCAUUCUCAUCCUGUGCUUCGUGUCUCUGAAAUGUAAAUAAUGGAAAUCUGUUACCAUCUUGAACCAGGGAUCUGAGCUGUCUGAAGAAUUAGAGAGACUUAUCGCUUUUCUCUGAAAAAAUAGAAGUAGGUCUCAGUUGUUUUUAGUUUUGAAUUCUGGACAGGUCGUAUUAUCAGGGAAACCACUGGAUCCACUUUUCAUUCAUGGGGCUUGGUUCAAAGAAACGGGGUGGAAAAACCGACCAUGUUACAGAUGCACCACUAUGGUUGACGUACAUUGUAUCCUCUGGCCCUGAAUGUUAAUUGAUGGGGGGGUUGGGGUGUGAAGCAGUGAAAAACUGUAUGCAUGUUUAUUGUGUUUUGCCGAGCAAAUGAAAGGGUGGGAUGUUAUCUUUGUUGUGUAUUCUGUGUGAGGGGAAAGCUGAACUCAUAGCAUAUGAACAUUGAAGCGCUUUAAAAAAACAAGAACACAGGACGUUUAUUUGAAUUUUUUAAAAUUGCUGAUACUAACUGAUGUAUUGUUAUGAGUUUUGUGCUAGAGUUUGAGCGGGGCGGGUGGGC